AUGGUCAUCGUGGCCCUCAUUCAGCCCCUGCUUCUCUUGCCAACGAUCUGGCUUGUUAUUCAUAUCUAUAGUCUGCGUCUCUGCUCAAACAAUCGUGAGCAGCGAAAGCGUCUUUUGGCUCGCCUUGGGCAUGCAGAAGGGGAGGGAAAACGUGUGGUGGGCUUUUUCCAUCCAUAUUGUAAUGCUGGAGGAGGAGGCGAACGAGUUUUAUGGACAGCCAUUGCAGCAAUGCAGCGGACAGACUCCAACGUCAUCAAUGUUAUAUACAGUGGCGACCUAGAUGCUUCAAAAGAACAAAUAAUUGCGAAAGUCAAGUCGAGAUUCGAUAUCACACUCGAUCCAACUUUGCUGGAUUUUGUCUUCCUGGAAUCACGCCACCUUGUUGAAGAUUCAGCGUGGCCCAGAUUCACUCUCUUAGGCCAAAGCCUGGGGUCCAUGUAUCUGGCUUGGGAAGCUAUGAGGAAGCUGAUUCCAGACUUGUACAUUGACACUAUGGGAUAUGCCUUCACUUUUCAUGUCGUGUCGCUCUUGGCCCGCGUUCCUGUCGGCGCGUAUGUUCACUACCCAACCAUUAGUACAGACAUGCUUGCUCGUGUCAGGUCGCGAAAGGAGUGGCAUACGAAUACUGGAACAAUAUCGUCCUCUCCCAUUUUAAGCAGCGGCAAGCUUUUCUAUUAUCGUUUGUUCAUGUUCUACUAUGCGCUGUCGUUGAGAAAGGCAUCUUUCCUAAUGGUCAAUUCCUCUUGGACCAAGAACCAUGUGGACUCCAUUCUGCAACACUCUGAUCCCCUUCUCGAUGCUGUGCAUCUUCUCCCGCCGCUAGUCCUUCUUAAGUUGUUAACGUCCCGAAAUGCCCCCUUACGUACUAGAAUUGUAUACCCUCCUUGCGACACACGUGAAAUGGCGAAAUUUCCACUGACGCCUCGGAAACGAAUUAUUUUGAGUGUCGCUCAGUUUCGCCCAGAAAAAGACCAUAGAACUCAAUUGCAUGCUUUCCAGCGCCUCCUGCAUGAUCAUCCAGAGUACGCGCAGCAAGGGGAUCGGCACGUUCAGUUGGUCUUGGUGGGUGGAAGUCGAAAUGAAGGGGACUCAAGACGAGUAGAGGAUUUGCGACAGCUCGCAAGGACACUCUGCAUCGAUGAACAUGUUGAGUUUGUUGUGAACGCAUCGUACCCAUCUGUACUUGAAUGGCUAUCCCAAGCAAGCAUUGGCCUGAGCACUAUGGUGGAUGAACAUUUCGGCAUCAAUAUCGUUGAGUUCAUGGCCGCUGGUGCUAUUCCUGUGGCACACGCGUCAGGCGGCCCUCUCAAAGACAUCAUCGUACCAUUUAAUGGAGAGUGUACAGGCUUUCAUGCUCUCACAGUCCAGGAAUUUGCCUCAGCGAUUAACACCGUGUUGACGCUUUCCCCAGAAGAAGAAACCCCUAUGCGGUGGAGAGCUCGGGCAUGGGCAGUGCAGCGGUUCUCAGAGGAGGAGUUUGAAAGAGGGUGGAAUCAAAGUGGAUGGCGAACACAUCUGGCGCCACUGUGA